CUACCUUAGCAACCAGAUCUUAGCAACGACGCUACGAUGACGCCGUCCACGACGGCUGCCUCGGAGUGUGAUUUGUUUUCUGGUAGUUUUUCCGCAAUGUUGAUAAGACGGCAUGGUGCCCCUCGGUUAUCUCCUAAUUGAGAUCGGUACGUCUUCUCUCCGGAGUUUUGCACUCUUUUCCGCUGCGAUGGCCACGGCGUCAAUAAAGGCGGCUAAAUGCGCCAUAAGAGCCGAAAUGAAGAAACAGCUGAGGGCGAUGACAGCAGAGGACAGGCUCCGCCAGUCAAGGAUAAUACUAGACAAGUUUGUAAACCAUCACCGCUACAAGGCAAGUAACCGAAUAUCAAUUUUUGUGAACAUGGAGACUGAAGUUUUGACGGAGCCCAUAAUUCUACAUAUCCUCAAUGACGGCAAGGAGUGCUUCAUUCCAAAAUACGACGAUCAGUCGCGGCAAAUGGACAUGGUCAAACUUUCAUCGCUCGAAGAGCUGGAGAAGCUGCCAAUGACGAAGUGGCACAUCAAACAGCAUACCGAUUUCGACCCGCGUGAGGAAGCGCUGUUGACUGGUGGAAUUGACCUUCUUGUAGUGCCUGCUGUAGCCUUCACGCUGCAGGGUGCUCGUUUGGGCCAUGGAAAAGGAUACUAUGAUGUCUACUACAGUCGGUGCCUCAGAGCACAAGCGAAAAUGCCUUACACUAUAGGUCUCUGCUUUCGCCAACAACUUGUGCCAUCCAUACCAUUAGACGACCAUGACAUGAUUGUUGAUGAGGUUCUCCAUGCCUGAUUGAUACCAGGGCUGUCAGUUCUAUGAUGUCACAUCUAUUUUGCUACUGCCACUGUUAAUGAUAUGCAAUGGGUAAUAAAGUUGGGAUUUACAAUGUUUUCAAAGA